AUGAAUAAGGAAGUAAGCCUUUCUAUUGAGGAGACAAAUGUCAUACGGGCAAAAUUAGGUCUAAAGCCUAUCCCGGUCGGGGAAGAGAACGACGUGGGCAAUGAAUCAUUGUCAGUGGAAGAAACAAACAGGCGAAGAGUUUCUCUUGGGUUGAAGCCUAUGGUCUCUCAAGCAAGUACACACAGCUCCCCCACUACUGUUCAUAUUACCGCUAAGGCAGAUGCACUUCGAGAGAAAAUAACGAAGUUUCAAAAGACUAACAUACCUUUAAGAGAGGCGCAGAUUUUUGAAGAGCCUGGAGCCAAUCACGACUGCUCGUGGCUGAAUAAUGUGAAUGCCACUGCGACCUCAAUAUUAAAGGAACCCAAGACUCAGAAAGGAUUUUCCCAAGGUGAAGGUAAAGCGAAAGAGGGUGAAGAUGCCGAUCUGCAUAAUGUUCGAGUAUCGUAUAAUAUUAAGGAACUUGGUUCAAAAGCGGGAACUAUUUUAACUUUGAAGGAGAGCAGUAUUUUUGAUGAGGCUGAUUCCGAUGUGUUGGAGAAUGAAAAGCUUGCCCAGGAAACAACUGAUAGAGAAAAAAUACGAUUACGACAAAUGAAUAGAGAUAGAAAACAAAAGAGGAUGAAUUUAAACGUUUCCAGUUUAGAUAUUGAAGAAGAGGAGAAAGACUCGCUCACAGACAUUCCUCUAACGAUUGGAGCAGAACAGGGAAUCAUGAACAUGCCAACAACUAAAUCUCCAAAACUGCUAACAGGAAAAAUAAAAGUAAAUUUUGAUGAAAUGAAUAAUAUUUCAGACGAAGAUGGUGGAGACUUUAAGCCGGUAAAGAUAAGAAAACGCAAARUCAAGGACUCAAAAUCAAGUAAAGUGAGGAAGAUAAAUAUCGCUCCUAAAAUGGAAGCUGUUAAACUAAUAGACGAAGAUGAGAGCUUGUCUUGGAUGGGCGAGGAACAACCAGUGACCAUAAUAAACUCAACCCCAAGCUUGGAGAAGAAUCUGAAAAGUGCAGAACAACUUGCCGAAGAAUUUGAAAGGGCAAGAAAUGAAGAGAAGCAACGUACUCAAGAUGUAAAAAAAAUGCGCGAAAGCUCCAACAACCUUGUUAUUGACGAAAAGACAAUUUUCCUAGACACCCUGGACUUGACAUUUCUUGAUGAGAGUGCUACUACUAACGAAGAAGUAGUAGAUGAAAAUGGAGAGGCAAAUGUUGAAAAUCUCGCUGGUGAAAAUUUUAAGGAGAUAGAAAGCAAUAAUAAACGUUCUGGAUCGGUUGAGGAUAAAUUAAAAAAUGAGGAUAGUGAAAGGUCAAAGAAUGAUGUACCUGAUUUUUUCUCUGGUCUUGCAUCAACACUAGGAUUCCUCCGAAAGAAAAACGUUUUUAUUACAGAAGACGACGUCUCAAAAGCAAGAAAAGAGGCUGAGGUUGGAAGUUUAAAACGAGAACAAGCCAAUGAGUCUAAGUUAACUGGAAAGAAGGUCAGGACCGGAAACGCAGACAUCACUAAUACUUAUACAGAAGGAAGUACAUAUAGACCCAAGCAAUUUGACAAUAACGAGAGUCCAAACAGAGUCUCCGAAAUUCAAUCGAAAAGACUUAACCAUUAUGAUCCUGAUGUACAACUUGUUUACAAAGAUGAGAAAGGAAACCAACUGACUACCAAGGAGGCAUAUAAAAAAUUAUCACAGAAGUUCCAUGGCACCAAAAGUAACAAGAAGAAGAAAGCAAAAAUGCAAUCUCGAAUCGAAGCGAGGAAAAGUGCUUUUGAUAUUGAUGGCGCUGCUUUAUUUGAUGAUAAUUAA